AGGAGAAGGAAGCAGAGUGGAAUCAGCCAGAAUGAGGUCGGAAAAUACUGGUAUUACCAUUGAAGAUGCCCUCGCCACUUUCAAAUCGUUUGUUUGGCAGCAUUUUGGGUACCCGGCGGAAAUGAUAAAUGGCAGUGGAGUGACUGAUAAGACACAGACAAUAUGCAAGCACGAUGCAGAGACAUAUACAGCACCACCACAGCUCGGUACUCAAAUCAACAACUGCACCUGUGAAGAAAACACUAACAGGCCAGACAACGCCGACAAACACAUUCGGACCUCAACUUCCACAGUCAAGCACCAGAGCCACAACAAUAACAAGAGACAUAGGUGUUUUCAUCGCAGCAGAUAUGAGGCCAUUUUCUGUGGUAGAAAAUCAAGGAUUUCGGCGACUCAUCCACACACUGGAACCGAAGUACACCAUCCCAUCACGCACACAUUUUACCCGCACAGUGAUCCCGAACCUCUAUGGAGAGUCCAAGAGCAAGGUUGUACAGAUCCUGAAAGACGUAGAAAGCAUCGCCAUAACAACAGACGGUUGGACAUCGAGAGGUACGCAAAGCUACAUCAUAAUUACAGCCCACACAAUCAACAAUGACUGGAAAAUGGAAAGUGUUGUACUACAGACUCGCCCACUUUUCGAGUCCCACACAGGGGCAAACAUAGCUGAGGUUUUACAGACAGCUGUUACUGACUGGGAGCUUAAAAAACCCAACCACAGCAUCGCUAUUGUUACUGACAAUGCACGUCCAUAUUACGUGCAUUGUUACUGACAAUGCAUGUAAUAUGGACGUGACCGUGCGUGAGGCGGGAUUGAAGCCGCACAUUAAGUGUUUUGCGCACACUAUAAAUCUUGCAACCCAAGCUGGCCUCGGUGUUCCCUGCGUCGCUCGUUUGCUCGGGCGGGUGAGAUGUGUGGCUGCUUUUUUUCAUCAGAGUUCAACGGCUACCACGGUGUUAAUGUCCAAGCAGAAACAGCUACAAUUGCCAUCACACAAGUUAAUCAUGGACAUUACAGCGCGAUGGAACAGCACGUUGGAUAUGCUGGCUUGUUACCUCGAGCAGCAAGCUGCCAUAGCAGCAGCUCUCACCAGCCCAGAGAUAAGACAAAACGCCCAAAGCAUUGAUACACUUGACAGCUGCGAUAUCAGAGAUGCUGAAGACUUUGUGAAGCUGCUGCAUCCUUUGAAGACAGCCACCACAGUGUUGUGUGAGGAGAAGAGUCCCACAGUGUCUGUCAUUGUGCCGCUGAAUAGCAUGAUUGAACAGAACAUGACACCAAAUGAUGGAAAUUCCACCACCGUGGCCAACACAAAGACUGCAAUCCUCUCGAAUAUUGCAAACAGAUACAGUGGGGAUACCUUCAACUAUCUGCUGGAGUGCAUGGUACUGGACCCAAGGUUCCGGACUCUAUCUCAGCUAGACCAUGACCAGUGUGAGGCCAUCUUCCUGAGGGUACAGAACAAGGCAGAACAGUUGUUGCAAAAACAGACCAGAGCUGAGGAGAGGGAAGAAGGGGCAGCAGGUGGAGCUCACUGUCCCACACACGGUAGAGAGGAGGCUGUGAGAGAUGAUGAGCCCGAAGUGACAGAACCUGCUCCCAAAAAGACAGCACUUGAGGACCUGUUAGGGAACUCUUUCUCUACUGAGCCAGAGGAGUCCAACAGUUCAAAACAGGCUGAGAAGGAAGUUGAAAACUACAGAAAAGAGGCCUCUAUCCCUCUCAGUGGCUGCGCUCUGAAGUGGUGGCAAGAACACUGCUCCCAAUAUCCUUUGCUGUCUCACCUUGCCAAAGCGUGACUUUCUGUCCCUGCUACCUCCGUUCCAAGUGAGCACAUCUUUUCAACAGCAGGAGACAUAGUUAAUGCGCAAAGAUCUCAACUGCUGCCAGACAAUGUGGACAUGCUAAUAUUCUUAAAAAAGAACAUGGCUGUGUAGUUGCAGCAAGUUGUCAGUGACAUACUUGGUCAGGCUCUGUUUGCACAAAUUGCACUCUGUAUUGACAGAGUAGAACUUUGAUUUGGUUUUGCACAUAGUAUUGUUUGCACUUAAAAAAAGGAGGAAAUAUUUAAUUUUAUUAUUUUUUAUUAUUGUUUUAUUUUAACUUUUAUAAAUUUUAGUUCAAGUUUCAAUUUGUGGAAGAAGUUUAUUAACAGUUAAAAGAACAUGGCUGUGUAGUUGCAGCAUGUUGUUAAUGACAUACUUGGUCAGGCUCUGUUUACACUAUUUGCACUCUGUAUUGACAGAGUAGAACUUUGAUUUGGUUUUGCACAUAAUAUUGUUUGCACCUGAAAAAAAAAGAAAUAAAUAUUUAAUUUUAUUUAUUUUAUUUUAACUUUUAUAAAUUUUAGUUUUAGUUUCAAUUUGUGGAAGAAGAAGUUUAUUAAAAGCUCAUGCUUACAUCAUGCAUGUAAAGAGUUAUAAUAAAACAUUUCAAAAUGCAUGUGCAACUCGAUUAAAUAAAAGUCUGUUGGUCCAGUCAUAUAUUUUGUCAUUGCAGCUUUCUUAAAAUCUCAUCUCGUUCCUGUGAACCCAAUAUCGUGUCUCAUCUCGUCUCGUGAGCUGAGUGUAUCGUCACACCCCUCCUAUUAGUUGUUAAACCAAUUAGAACCAAUUAGAACCAGCGACACACCCGCUGAGGAUAAAACUCUGGUUACUGGCAGCUCUAUUCUGAGAAACGUGAAGUUAGCAAUUUAUCAAAAUAGCUGACGAUUAAUUUAACCCUCUGGUACUGUGUGUGCGUACCUGUGUGUGGUUGUGCACAUGCGUG